AUGGAUUAUAAUGCUUCUACCUACCAAUCACCCGCCGAAUGGGAUCAAAUGAUACUCUACAGACCACCAGCCGGAACAUCAUGUCCGUUUGAAAAGGCAAUGUCUCCGGAAAUCCUCCUCAAUAUCGUCGAGUUCUUAGAGGCACCUCAGUGUUUGACAUUGUCCCAAACCUGCAAACGGAUUUACAUCCUCUCACGAGAGCGACGAGGAUACUGGACUAAAUGCGCUUUCACGCAUGGACUACUACUACCCGGUCCCAGGGAACAGUAUACAACGGAAGAGUUGCGCACACUGGCGAUCAGACAGGCGAAUCUCGAAUAUGAUUGGGACUUUCACACCCCAAGGAUUAGACGACAAACGAUAAUAAUGCAUGAGUGGGCGGCUCAAGAGUAUUUUAUUCCCAGCGGCUCGCGGUGGCUCGUACAAUAUGGAUUCAGUAACGACGGCAGCAUACUCAGGAUAUGGGACAUCAUGAAGAAUCGAAAAGUCGGGGAUGUGGUAGCAUUACACGCGACAGACGAGGCUACAUGCAUUGCAGGCGACUCGCUUGCACCUGACCAGAUUGUGCUUGCAUGUAGCUACACAAGGCAACACCAGGUUACUGUCCUGGCCUUCGAAUUCACAGAGGAUGCGGAGGCGGCGACACCCAGUUACACUCUCGAACGACGGGAGAUUAUCUUUGACGAAGAGGUUCGCAAGUGUACCAUAAAAGGUGACGUCCUGGCUACAACUACACGUCGUUCCACGGCUGUUCAACAAUGGCGCAAUGACGAUACUCGUCGUUGGAUACAACGUCCAAACUCUGUGCAAAGUCUUUGCCAAAUAGUGGAGGACUAUCUCAUUUUCACUGCUGCAUACAGCACGUCCGCCACUGUGGUUCAUGCUAUAUGUGUUUACGACCUAUCCCCGAUUCUAGCAGGGGAAAUCUCCCGGCCAAAGACGCAGGUUGCGUAUGCCGGAGACGUCGACGAAGCUGACAAUGAAGAAUUGACCGAUGACGAGGACAUGACAGACGGUGAUGAAGAGUUAACUGAGGACGAAGACAUGACCGAAGCCUUUGUGAGCUUCGAAGAGACGACUCCGGGCGUCGUCUGCUCCGUUCCACUUGACGGUAAGCCCGUCGAUGGACCAUGCUUUGCACCUUAUGCAGUCGAGAAGAGUGCAGACGGGCGCACACAGAUCAACUUUCGGAUUCUUCAAGUGAUCAACACAACCGAAGGCGAGAGUCUUUUCUAUACAGAUUACGCCCUCCUUCCUUCCUCUCCUAUCCGGGCACCGAACAUACAAGUAGAGGAAGAUAUAAUGAUCAAGAGUCGUGCACAAAGUCGUGGCGACACUUUAAUCCAGACUAGCGAUCCUCAUAUUAUCGACACCGACCGGUCGAAUCGCCCCUCUUAUUAUGUACCUGAAGGUGCCGUGCGAUGGCAGCGUUUCGUCCAAGGUGCAAGUGGAACCAGAAUACUCUGGGAGACGCCCCAGGGCGUCUUUAGGAUACAUUCAGAUUGGACGGACGCCCCAUCAUGUUCGCGUCCGCUCCGGGCCAUAACUCGCCCUGGUAGAGUAUCCUCGAUACUAGCAUUCGACGAAGCGAUGGGAUUCGCGAUCAUAGAAGGGGAUUCUGAGCAUGAUCUCGUGCUUUGGAUCCGGUAA